UUAUAUGAGAAUUAAGUGUGACUUCGUUAAGAAGAAAAGCAUCAUUGCCACGGACCUUGCUUUUUUUCUCAAAGCCACUGCUCCUCUCUUUGAAAAUUCAACCUUUCUGCCGCAAAAAACAGCACCGACUGAGUCACUUCUCACUCUCUCGAACCCGAAAAGUAAAAUUCCCAAAAUGUCCCUCUCGACACGGCAGAGGCGAGCUACGACGUCGGAUCUUCUGUCAUCAUCGUCAUCACAACCGUCGAAACCAGAAUCAUACUCGAAGGUGGACAAGCCAGGACAAUCAUCAUCAUCGGACAGCGGGGAAGAGUCAGGAAACGACCGCGGUUUGGGGUGGUUCACGGCGUUGUUUGCGUUAGGAAUGCUACGCUACAUGAGCGCCACAUCAAAUAUAAUACAUGACUGCGAUGAAGUCUUCAAUUAUUGGGAGCCUCUUCAUUAUCUUCUCUAUAGAUCCGGUUUCCAAACUUGGGAGUAUAGUUCUGAGUUUGCACUCCGAUCAUAUUUGUACAUUAUUUUCCAUGAAUUAGUGGGUCGACCUGCUUCCUGGCUGUUUGCCGAUGAAAAAGUGAGAGUUUUCUAUGCGGUGAGACUCUUUCUUGGUCUUCUAUCUGUUAUUUCAGAUGCAACUCUAGUGGUAGCUGUUUCCAAGAAGUAUGGGAAACGUUUUGCUUCUUAUGCACUUGCAAUGCUCUGCUUAGCUAGUGGUUGCUUCUUUGCCAGCACAAGUUUUCUGCCCAGUUCAUUCUCUAUGUAUGCCAUGAGCCUCUCUUCAGGGUUAUUUCUUCUUGAGAAACCUGCAUGGGCUGUUGCAGUUGCAGCUGUGGGAGUAAUCCUAGGUUGGCCAUUUUCGAUCUUGGCAUUUCUUCCGGUCGCAUUGUACUCCUUAGUUAAACAAUUCAAACAAGCAUUUCUUUAUGGUGCUGUCACCUCAAUUGCUCUUCUUGCACUUUCCAUACUUGUUGAUUACUACUACUACCAACGAUGGACAUCAUCUGUUUUCAAUCUCUUAGUGUAUAAUGUCUUGGGAGGUGGUGAGAGCCAUUUGUAUGGGACUGAGGGGCCACUUUUUUAUAUAAGGAAUGGGUUUAACAACUUCAACUUCUGUUUCAUCCUUGCUUUGCUUUUCCUUGGAAUUCUGCCAAUUGCAAGGAAAAAGUAUGCCCCAGACCUGCUUGUUGUAAUCUCUCCUCUUUAUAUAUGGCUUGCCUUUAUGUCUCUGCAGCCACACAAAGAAGAAAGAUUCCUUUAUCCCAUAUACCCGCUUGUUUGUAUCGCUGCUUCAGCUGUCAUUGAGAGCUUUCCUGAUCUUUUCCGGGACAAAUAUAAUCCCUAUGAUAAUUCUAUAAUAGUUAUGAUAGCCAAAAUUCUUAGACCUCUGGCCCUCAGCUUCAUAUUAUGUGCCUCGCAUGCACGCACAUUUUCAUUGAUCAAUGGUUAUGCUGCUCCUUUGGAGGUUUACAAGAUCUUGGAGCACCAUGAUGAUGCAGGAACUGGUUCUAUACUUUGUGUUGGAAGUGAGUGGCACCGUUUUCCAUCAUCUUUUUUUGUUCCUAAUUAUGUUGGUGAAGUGAGAUGGAUUGAUGAUGGAUUCCGAGGUCUUCUUCCAUUCCCUUUCAAUGCUACUCUUGGUGGGACUUCAGCUGGACCACCAUACUUCAACAAUAAAAACAAGGCAUCAGAUCAGCAAUAUCUCCAGGAUCUUCAAGCUUGUACAUUCCUGGUUGAGUUGCAGCUCAACCGGCCUUACCCUUAUCGUGGAAAUGACUUAUCAACAUGGGAGCCUAUUGCAGCACUGCCUUACUUGGACAGGGAGCUCUCACCUGCCAAGUAUCGGUCAUUUUUCAUCCCAUACUUGUGGCAGCGGAAGAAUGUCUUUGGCAUGUACAAACUUCUGAAAAGAGUAUCAAAACCAAAAUGAUAAAUGACAUCUUUGUUAUUUCCUCCUCUGUUCUAGUGUUUUUUUUUUUUUCCUGUAAGGAGUAACCUGAAAAAUACAUAAAAGAAAGGAAAAACAGAACACUAACACACAUUGACCCCAGUUUUUAGAUGAUUUUAUAGUCGUUCUUGCUUUAUUUAGGCUUUAUGCCGUGUUUGUGCUGAUUAAGUUCUCUUGUUACUUGGUUUGUUUAAUUGAUUUCAUUUCCUCGGUUCUAAGAAAAGUUUACAAAUCAGCAGAUCAAAUAUAUUUUAGUGCAGUUGAAGCGACCAAUAUUCCACUGGUUUGCAUGUAUGGCAAGCGAUGCAUUCUUUAUACCACAAUUACUGCGAUGAAAAAUAAAAAAUGUUGAUCGUCACCUAACCAAUAAAACUAUGCAAAUCCAGGAAAUAAUGUGUCGAUCAAACACGAUAUACGGGAAGUACUGACAGGUAAGGUUGAGAUGCAUGAGCGAGUAAUUGCUGCAGCAAGCAUGAAGGUACCUGCUUCGUUAACACAUUCAGAGCCAUGGAGCUAUACUUUGGCAACAUCUGAAAGCACGGUUAUGCCAUCAGCCAAGGAAUGGGUACUGCCAUCAUAAGGGUUUCAUUCGCCACAACCCUUUCCCUGCCAAGCAAUCCUAUGCCAUUUGAAGCAUGUGGCCACGGGCACACUUUCCCAUACCCUGUAACAUUGCAAAAUUUGCACUUCACUCAACUCAUCAUAUCAACCCAAAGCAGUUUGA